AUGGCGGCUUCGGUUAAAAAGAUGGUCGGCGUGUCAGACGAGUCCAGCAGCGACGACGAGGCUCUGAGGAGGUGUCAGGAGGCCGUGUGGGAGACCCGACCUGUGCAGGGCAAAGAGGACAACAAUGUGAAGCAGUCUAAACGUGUUGUCGUCGCGGAACAUGAACACGAUGGCAACGAGCUCCAGGUCAGCCAAGGGUUCCGAACGCACGUUGCCAAAAAGUUGGGACAUCUUCUUGACAGUCACAUUUCAGAAACGCAAACCAAGUCUUCAUCCUGUGUGGAAUCAGCAAAAGGCGAUGAUGCCGAUGAUGAAGGAUUUCGUUUGUUUUCUACAUCCAUCCCAGGACAGACAGCUGAGGAGCCUCCAGCUCCGGUGAGGCGUCGGCCAGCUCCUAGCUCAAGUGGCAGCGACAGUGAGAUGGAGGCAAGGCUGAGAGAGGCAGCUGUGUCGCACAAAGACCUCUUGCCCUCUUUGACUCUGCCCUCCACACGGUCACCUCCCUCAACGGAGCCUCCCUGCUCAGGAAUAAUAAAGAAAAAGAAGAAGGUUGCCGAGGGAGAAGAGGGCCAUGUUGUUAAGAAAAAGAAAAAGAGGAAACAGGAUCAGGAGGAAAGUGCACAGGUGGACACUGGAAGUUCUCUGGUAAAUGCUCACAUUAACAAUGAGCAUGGGAUCUCAGAACAGGAACACAAACAAGUCAAAGUUAAACGGAAGAGGAAAAAGAAGCGAGAAGGAAACGGAAUGGAAGAAACUUCGAACUGAAUUUCUAAUGAAUAGCCUUUCACUGUUCUAGGAUGUUUGUCUAUGUUCCAUUCUGUCACAAGCAUGCAAUAAUUGGAUGAUGACAUAUAAUUCAAAAUAUUUUAAUAUUAUUGCCAUGGUUAUACUGGAAAUUACCACAAUUUGUCAUGAAAGAGACUCAUUGAAGUGUGAAAACACAUUUCAAGGCAGAGCGAUAAAAAAGAAUAAUAAUGUUUGAUAAGUCUGGAUUACAAGUUUCUGAACAAAAUGGUCCAUUUCUGAAUAAUACAAAAAAAUUUGAUAAAAAUA